AUGCCGGUUAAGGAAAAGGAGUCUAAAAUGGAAAAGAUGUUAGCACAAAUCUUGAGUAAUCAAGAAUCUGCAAGAGUUGAAGCUAAGGCAACUCUUACCCUUCAUGAUACCGCAAUUAAGAAUCUUGAAGUGCAAAUAGGGCAAUUGGCUUCACAAAUGAAUGCCAUGUCAAGAAGCAAUAUCCCUAACGACACCAUUCCAAAUCCUAAAAGGGAUGUGAUCAAUGAAGAAAUUGUGGUUGAAGAGUGUGACAACUUAAAGAAGAAUCAAGAAGAGAAAAAGAAUAAAGAUAAAGCCAAAAAGUAUGUCUAUUUGGAAGCCAACAACACCUUGCCAGUGAUUAUUGCUGCAGACUUGAAUGCACAACAAGAAGAGCAACUUGUGGAAGUCUUGAAAGCUCACAAGAAAGCUAUUGGGUGGACUAUUGCCGACAUAAAGGAUUUUUCUCAAGUUGAAAAGCCAUCUAUUCCUAUUCAAGAGUCAAGAGUUAACUUGGAAGAAGUGAUAGCAAAAUUGGUAGAAUCUCGUAUCAAGAACAGUCAGGAACAAGCUGCCAUUAAUGUAAGAAUUAAUUCAUCUCUAAAGAAUCUUAAGGUUCAAAUGGGCCAAAUUGCAACUGUAGUGACUAUACUUCAUAAAGAGGGAUUGCCAAGUAAUACAGAGACUAAUCUUUGUAGAGAAGGGAAUGAGGAGUGCAAAGAAAUUAACUUAAGGAGUAGAAAGCAAUUAUCUAAAAUUUCCCCUCCUACAUCUGAGUCUACACCUAAGCUAGAAGUUGAUCAAAUUGAGCAAGAGGUGUCUUCUACACCUACUAAAGCUAAAGUUGUGAUUGUUGAAGAUGAUAUUGAGAAGGAGUCUCUAAAGGAGGCAAUGAUAACAUCCAAGAUGAAGGGACCGACUAGUGAUCAUCUUUCUUGGAUGCUACCAUUACCAUUCCCUCAAAGAUUUCAAAAGAAGGCAUUAAAGGAUCAAUACAAGAAAUUCUUAGGAAUCUUCAAGCAAUUGCACAUCUACAUACCUCUCAUUGAUGCUUUGGAACAAAUGCUUGAAUAUGCUAAAUUCUUAAAGGAGAUGUUGAGUAAGAAAAGGAGGUUGAGUGAAUGUGAACUAGUUACACUUACUGAAGAGUACAAUGCCAUUCUCUUGAAAAAAUUACCUCCAAAAUGCCAUGAUCUAGGUAGUUUCUCAAUUCCUUGUGUGAUUGGAGAUAAAUUUCAAGGUGAAUUUAAGACAUUGCCUGUUAUCAUUUCUUAUGCUUUGUUUGAUGAUCAAAAGGAGAGGUUACUCAAAGUUCUUCUGGAUCACAAACAAGCUUUAGGACGGACAAUUGCAGUCAUUAAAGGCUAUAAUCAAAUUGCUAUAGCUCCUGAUGACCAAGAGAAAACAACUUUUACUUAUCCUUAUGGUACAUUUGCCUUUAGAAGGAUGCCGUUCAGUCUUUGCAAUGCACCCACCACUUUCCAAAGGUGCAUGAUGAGCAUAUUCUCUCAUAUGAUUGAAGAGAUUAUGGAGGUCAUAUGUGAUGCAAGUGACUUUGCUGUUAGAGCGGUGCUUGGACAAAGGCAAGAAAAGAUUUUUCAUCCUAUUUACUAUGCAAGCAAAACAUUAGCUAGUGCACAGGCUGAUAAGUACAUGGAAGCUCGAGGGUUUUGGAGGAAAAACAAAGGAAAAUCAAGCAGAGAGGAGAGAAGGAGAGUUCUCUAUGAUAAGGCAUCAGAUUUUGAAGCUAAGGGAGAUAUCUUAGACUAA